AUGAAACAUACAGAGGAAAAGGGAAAAAAGGGUAAGAGAAAAAAAAGGAAUAUCAAAGAAGUACAAAAAGAAAGAGAAAAGAUGAAAAAGGAGAAUAAACAGAGCUGGCAAAGGGGGAGUGAGAGAGGGAGAAAAGAAGAGACAAGAAGCAAAGAGAGGGAAGCACAAAAUAAGAACAAGAAGGGCAGAGGGAGGGAAGAUGGACAAAGUGAGAGAAAACGAAGAAACAGAGAAACAGUGAAUUCGGAAAAGAAGAAAUUAGAGAAGAAGGGAAAUCGAGAUGGAAAGAAAGAAGGAAAAGAGGAAAGAGGUAAACAAGGAAUGACAGAAAGAAAGAAAAAAGUAAAGGUUGAAAGAGACAAAAAUGGAAAGAGGGAAUGA